GGUUUAUAUGAAUUUGUACAACCAUCCUGGCAGACACGUUCCACACCAUUAGACAUCUCUGUAGACUUGAAGAAGUUUGGUGCAAAUUCAGCCUCAGAAUCAUUGCCGUCUACACCUGCAGCAAGUAUUAUCGAUGGUUGGGGAGAUUCGCCAAGCAUUGACAAGACAUACAAACUGUUUUAUGGUGGCAGUCAGAAGAGACCUGACUCUGGAGCAAGCAUCCCUGUGGUUAGUCCUUCAGGUGAGGUGCUGGGCCAUGUGCCUGAUGGUGGGCGUAAGGAUGUCAGGGAUGCUGUAGAUGCUGCGGUCAAAGCUGCUGCAGGAUGGAGUAAAAAAGAUGGGCAUGUCAGAUCCCAGAUCAUGUAUUAUAUAGCGGAGAACUUGCAGUCUGAGAGCCAGAAGUUUGCUGGUCAAUUGGCAGCCAUGACAGGACAGAGUCACAGUGAGGCUAUAAAUGAAGUGAAUAUGGCAGUUCAGAGAAUGUUUCACUGGGCGGCUUAUUGCGAUAAAUAUGGUGGCUCACUUCAGGAAACUGUUUUGUAUGGGCUGACCAUAAAGCGCCAUGAACCUGUUGGAGUUAUUGGAAUUGUGUGCCCUGAUAGCUUCCCUUUUCUUGGAUUUAUUUCCCUUGUGGCCCCCGCUAUUGCUAGAGGGAACGCUGUCGUUGUUGUGCCGAGUGAGAAACAUCCCCUGGCAGCUCUGGCAUUUCAUCAGGUUCUGGAGACUUCAGACCUCCCCGCCGGUGUUAUCAACAUAAUAACUGGUGACAGCAACGCUCUGACAAAGACACUCGCAGAGCACCAUGAUGUCAGUUCUUUGUGGUAUUUCAGAUCUGCCCAGGGAUCCCAGUUUGUGGAGGCAGUUUCUGCUGGUAACCUGAAACGUACUUGGGUUAACUAUGGGCUAGAUAGAGAUUUCACAGUGGAAAGGAGUGGACAGGGGGAAGAGUUUUUGUACCAUGCGACUAAUGUGAAGAACAUAUGGCUUCCUAUGGGUGAUAUUUUUGCUAACUGA